GGGUUAUGUCACCAUAUGUUUUUUUGGAAGAUAAUAUCCGUCCAAAGUUCAAAGGCACUGUGGCUUUGGUGACCGGUGGUGCCUCAGGCCUAGGCCGUGGCACUGUGGAAAGAUUUGUCAAACAGGGUGCAAAGGUGAUAGUUGGCGAUUUGCCUGCUUCUAAAGGUAAAACUGUGGCCGACGAAUUAGGAGAAUCCAAUGCAGCCUUUGCACCUAUGGAUGUAACUUCAGAAACUGAUGUCCAAGCUGCUCUUGAUUUUACAAAACAGAAAUUCGGUAAGCUUGACGUUCUCGUCAACGCCGCUGGUAUUGCCAUAGCACAUAACACAUAUAAUAGUAAUAAAAAAUUGCCACACAAACUGGAGGACUUUACUAAAAUUAUCCAAGUCAACACCAUUGGCACCUUCAACGUUAUUCGUUUGUCUGCUGGCUUGAUGAUCGAAAACACCCCUAAUAAAGAUGGUCAGAGAGGUGUAAUUGUUAACACUGCAAGCGUUGCUGCUUUUGAUGGUCAAAUAGGCCAAGCUGCAUAUUCUGCUUCGAAGGGAGCAAUCGUAGGGAUGACGUUACCUAUCGCUCGCGAUCUGUCCAAGGAUGGAAUUCGUGUCGUAACAAUUGCUCCAGGAAUUUUCAAUACCCCAUUAUUAAUGGCGCUGCCAGAAAAGGUGCGUGUCUUUCUCGCGAAGAGCAUACCGUUUCCUCAGAGAUUGGGAGAUCCUGAUGAAUACGCCAUGUUGGUACAGCAGAUCGUUGAGAAUCCGUUACUAAACGGGGAGACAAUUAGAUUGGAUGGUGCUUUGCGAAUGCAAGCUUAAUGUGAAGAGUUAUCAGUUUUUAUAUUGAUAGAAUUACGGUAUCGAAGAUUUUUCUCGAGUGUUGAGUCUUUUUAUAUAUACUUAUACAUAUAUACAAUACACACACAAUAAAAUUUUAAGCUUUUUCACAAACUUUAUCAUUCGAAUCCUCUAAUAUUUUUUAUCAUAC